AUGGGCGGUCGUUGGUGCGUCACCAAAUCCUGUGGAAGAGUGCGAAGGUGGUGGAACGUAGUUUUCUCUGAGGUGGCAGGCCAGGAACCUCAAUGGGUGGUGGGAUGGAGAUACCUGAGGAGGAGAGGAGGUCGGGGUGUAGGAGGAGGAUAUGUAGGUGGUAGAGGAGGAGAUGGAGGUGGUGAAGGAGGUUUUGGUGGGGGAGGAGGAAUUGGUGGAGCACAAGGAGGGGGAGGGGUUAGGGGAGGUGGAUUUGGGGGUGGAGGUGGAUUUGGAGGUGGAGGUGGUGGAGGAGGACGAUUACAGAGAAGAGGUAGAGAUGGAAAACCUUUACGACUAUCACAGGGUCUGUUGAUACAAGGAGCAAUGAGAGGAGGGAGAGAUGUUGGUGGGGGAGAGGAUGGUAAUGAGAUAAUGGGAGAGGGAGUUGUUGGUGAUGGAGAGGAUCCUAUGGAGAUGGGUGGGGGAAUCAUGGGUGGAGAGGGAGAUUUGCGAUAUUUUUUUAUUGUACAACUACAGACUCGACUGACAGGAGGUGGGGCAUAG